AUGACCACCACCAAACGUCCAACAAACAAUCGUCUGCUGAUCAGCCUCUGCAGUCUGCUGCUGCUGGCAAGCUCUGUUGUGGUCCAUGGACGCUACUUUGGUGGUCCUGAUGGUUCCCAGCAACUUCUUCAAGAUCAAGACCUCUUUGACAUCGAUGGUAGUCUGCCAAACGGAAAUGGAAAUGUUCCUAUCUCUGCACUGGAAGGCAGUCUCGACCAGCCGGCCAUUGUUGAUGAAGAGAUGCCCGACGGACUGAGCUUCAGCGUCAAGAAUGCGCUGCUCGUCUCCAGCCGAGCACAGGAAAACAUCGAGUGGGCAAAGCUCAGUGCCGGAAGUUUGGCCAAGUACGGUCAGGUGGCAGGAGUGGCCGCCUCGGCUGACUGUCUCUUUGCCUUCCACCGAGGCGGUGUUCAGUGGAAUGAUAGCUCCUUCAACCCUGAAACCAAUGUCUACAAUUACCAGAACAAACCAAUAGCAGCAAAUACUGUAGUGGCACUGGAUCCCGUUACUGGAGAGGAAAUGUUCGCCUGGGGCAAUAAUAGCUUUUACAUGCCCCACGGCAUCAGCGUCGACCCUCAGGGCAACAUUUGGCUGACUGACGUCGCCCUUCACCAGGCAUUCCGCUUCAAGAAGAACAACUUUGAUGUGGCUGAUUUAGUGCUGGGAGAGCGUUUCGUGCCCGGUUCUGAUGAUAAGCAUUUUUGCAAACCAACGGAUGUCGCCAUCUCCUCCACUGGAGUCGUCUACGUCAGCGACGGCUACUGCAACUCUCGAGUUGCCAUCUUCUCUGCCCGAGGCGCGUACCUCACUGAAAUUGGACACAAUGACAAGAUGCUAAUUCCGCACAGCAUGUCACUGCUGGAGAUUGAAGACCUCCUCUGCGUGGCUGAUCGAGAAAACGGCCGCAUCCUCUGCUACAACGCCGGCCUGGCCAACUACCGAGACGUCGGAAAGUUGCUCUUCGAAGUGACGCCCUCGCAAAAUCCCGCCCAGAAACUGUACGCCAUUGGGCAUAUCGGCGACGUCAUCCUUGCCCUGAACGGCGGCGCCGACCAAACCAAAGGUUUGAGCGUCGAUUUGGCCACCGAGCAAAUUGUGGACACUUGGGCCCCGGCAAACGGGUCGGUUUUCCAUCAAGCUCAUGAUUUGACUGUAGCCCACGAUGGUCGUUCUUUUUAUGUCUGUCAGUUUGACGCCGGUCAGAAAGUGGUCAAAUUUGAUAUGAUCGAGACGACGCCCAUGUUCAUGAACUGA